AUGCCACAGAGAAUUCGCCAUUACUUUGACUUCCGAGACACUAUAUCAUUUAGUGAUGGACUUAUGCUCAAAGGGGAAGCUGUGAUUAUCCCUAAAUCUUUGAGAAAUGAAAUGAAGGCCAGACUUCACAAGGCUCACUUUGGAUCUGAUAGCAUGCUGGGGAGGGCAAGAGGAACAAUAUUUUGGCCUGGAAUGAAAUCAGAUAUCAAGCAGUUGGCCGAUUGUUGUUCAAUAUGUCAAGAAAGUAAACCAAAGAACCAAAAUAUUCCAUUGAUGCAGCAUGCAGAAGGAUCUACUCCAUGGCAGAAAAUAGGACUUGACCUGUUUGAGCUGAAUGGAAAGCAUUAUUUGAUUGCAGUUGACUAUUUCUCAAGUUUCAUCGAAAUUGAUUUGCUUACAUCUUUGACAAGCUCCAGAGUAAUAGCUUUACUCAAGAAACAAUUUGCUCGAUUUGGAAUUCCAAAUGUAAUCAUGUCUGAUGGAGGACCACAGUUUGUAAGCCAAGAAUUCCAAGAUUUUGCAAAGAAGUGGGGUAUCACUCACAUGACAUCAUCGCCGAUGCAUCAACAAGCCAAUGGCAAGGCCGAGUCAGCUGUUAAAAUCAUGAAGACAUUGUUAAGGAAAUGUGAAGUUGAGAAGACUGAUCCUUAUGAAGCAAUUCUCAAGCAAAGAAAUACACCAAAACAGGAUACUGGUAUGAGUCCUGCAGAAAUUAUGUUUAACAGGAAAGUGCGUGGCAUGAUUCCACAUUUUCCACAGAAACUCGAGAAACCAGAAACUGAUGCAUUCAUCAAGAAGAGGAAUCAACGCAGACAGACAGUAAAGAAAUCGUUUGACAGGAUGUCUCGCGAGUAG